AUGGCAGCAGCAAUAGCUAUCUUGGCAACAGCAGGGGCUGACUUUGACUUGAGAACACUGCGGGCAGUUCGUGUGCUUCGCCCCCUGAAACUGGUGUCUGGAAUUCCUAGUUUACAAGUAGUUCUCAAAUCCAUCAUGAAAGCAAUGAUCCCUCUACUUCAGAUCGGACUGCUGUUAUUUUUUGCUAUUCUUAUUUUUGCCAUUAUUGGGUUGGAGUUUUACAUGGGGAAGUUUCAUACGACCUGCUUCCACAAUAUAACAGGUGAAAUAGAAAAGGAAGCACCAUGUGGCACAGAACCUCCAUCACGACUGUGUCCUUAUGGAACAGAAUGUCGGAAGUACUGGGAUGGGCCCAAUUAUGGAAUCACACAGUUUGACAACAUUCUGUUUGCUAUUCUAACUGUCUUCCAGUGCAUCACUAUGGAAGGAUGGACUGAUAUGUUAUAUUAUAGCAAUGAUGCCUCAGGGAGCACAUGGAACUGGCUAUACUUUGUUCCUCUCAUUAUCAUCGGUUCCUUUUUUAUGUUGAACCUUGUACUUGGUGUCUUGUCUGGGGAGUUUGCCAAAGAAAGAGAGAGGGUAGAAAACAGAAGGGCUUUCCUCAAACUGCGUAGACAACAGCAGAUUGAAAGAGAAUUAAAUGGGUAUUUAGAAUGGAUAUCCAAAGCAGCUCUGAGGAGAGCGACAAUAAAAAAGAGUAAAACUGAUCUGUUGCACCCUGAAGAAGCAGAGGAUCAUCUUGCAGACAUUUCUUCAGUGGGUUCUCCUUUUGCCAGAGCCAGUAUUAAAAGUAACAAAUUGGAAAAUUCUUCUUUUUUUCGAAAGAAGGAGAGGAGGCUACGCUUUUUCAUCCGUCGUGUAGUAAAAUCUCAGGCCUUUUACUGGACCGUGCUCAGUCUGGUAGCUCUUAACACCUUGUGUGUUGCUAUUGUACACUAUAACCAGCAGGCAUGGCUGUCAGAAUUCCUCAACUAUGCAGAAUUCACUUUCUUAGGACUAUUUAUGUCUGAAAUGUUUAUAAAAAUGUAUGGGCUUGGAACAAGGCCUUACUUUCACUCUUCAUUCAACUGCUUUGACUGUGCAGUUAUUGUUGGCAGUAUUUUUGAAGUAGUCUGGGCUGCUGUGAAGCCUGGAACUUCCUUUGGAAUUAGUGUUCUCCGAGCACUCAGGUUACUACGCAUCUUUAAAGUUACAAAGUACUGGGCUUCUCUGAGAAACCUAGUUGUUUCUCUCUUGAAUUCCAUGAAAUCUAUUAUUAGUUUACUGUUCCUCCUUUUCCUCUUUAUUGUUGUCUUUGCUCUUCUGGGGAUGCAGCUAUUCGGAGGCCAGUUUAAUUUUGAUUCUGGUACUCCAGCCACCAAUUUUGACACGUUCCCAGCAGCAAUAAUGACAGUAUUUCAGAUUCUAACAGGAGAAGACUGGAAUGCUGUGAUGUAUGAUGGGAUUCAGUCUCAGGGCGGAGUUAAAAGGGGCAUGAUUUCCUCCAUCUAUUUCAUUGUCCUCACUCUAUUUGGUAACUACACCCUUCUGAAUGUAUUCUUGGCUAUCGCUGUUGAUAAUCUGGCCAAUGCACAGGAGCUUACAAAGGAUGAACAAGAAGAAGAACAAGCAGCCAAUCAGAAACUUGCACUACAAAAGGCAAAGGAGGUAGCAGAAGUGAGCCCACUCUCAGCAGCCAACAUGUCUAUAGCACUUAAAGAACAACAAAAAAAUCAGAAGCAUUCCAAAUCAGUUUGGGAACAGAGGACUAGUGAAAUGAGACGACAUAACUUGAUGGCCAGCCAGGAGGCUUUGUACAAUGAACUAGCUCCAGAAGACAGAUGGAAGGUAUCUUUCACAAGGCAAAUGAGGCCGGAUAUGAAAACACACUUAGACAGACCAUUAGUGGUGGACCCACAAGAGAAUCGUAACAACAACACCAACAAAACCAGGACAAAUGAGCCCUCCAUGGACCACAGACUAAGUCAACAGAGGGCAGAAGAUUUUCUGAGGAAACAGGCUCGGUUUCAUGAGAGGUCACGAGAUUCAAACAGUACUAGGGCUUAUGAACGAAUUGAUUCAAUUGGAAUGGAUCUCAGGCAUCAAAGGAGCAACAGUAAAGAAGGGGAUCCUGUACAGGAUAAUCAGUCCAGGGAUGGACGGGAAAGAGAAGGUGAACAAGACAGGGUAGCCAAAGAAGGUGACUGUGAAAGGAACAGAGUAAGUGAUUCUCACAGGCGGCAUCAACAUAGGCAGGGUGGGAGCAAGGAUGGCAGAAAUAUGUCACCAAGGGGAGUGGAAGGAGACCGGGACCAUCGCCGGCACAGGGUUCAUCGCAGAAUAGUUGAAGAAGGAAGUGGUAUGGAGGAUGGCAGCAAAGGAGAACGGCGCUCUAGACCACGACCUAACCGGCAGGGUGAACCUGGAGGUGAAAGUGAACAACCUGAUGGAGAGAGACGGCGGCGACAUCGACGACAUGAUGCUCAGUCUACAUAUGAUAGUGAUGCAAAAAGGGAGGAUAAGGAAAGGAGACAUAGACGCAGAAGAGAAAACCAAGGAGCAGGUCCUCCAUCAAGACCAAAUCUCUCAACUACCAGACCGAUUCAGCAGGAUCUGAGUCAUCAGGAGAAUCAACUUGCUGAGGAUAUUGACAACAUGAAGAACAGUAAACUAGUUACCCAACCUUCCAAUCCCUAUGAGCAGAACAGUAUUGCCCAAGAAUCUAACAACUCACAGACAAACUCUGUAACCUUUGAUUCUCAGAACUUGACCAAAAUGGGCAACCACACAAACCUCAGUAGAUCUUCUCUUACCCCUGGGAAUCCACCAAAUAUGAUUAGAAUGGACAACAACCAUGGAACCCCAGUUAGCUGCGGAAACUCCCAGAAUCCUGAAAACAGUCUCAUUCUUACAAAUCCCAGUACACCAAAUAACCCUUCUGUGCCAGCAAAAAAGCCAGAUCACACCACUGUCAAUAUUCCUGUCACAUUUGCUCCCCCAAUUGACAACAUUGCAGUACAAGUUAACAAAAAUGCAAAUCCAGAUCCACUGCCAAAGAAGGAGGAAGAAAAGAAAGAAGAGGAAGAAGAUGACCAUGGUGAAGAUGGACCCAAACCAAUGCCCCCCUACAGUUCCAUGUUCAUUCUGUCAACCACAAACCCAUUCCGCAGAGCUUGUCACUACAUUGUAAACUUGCGUUACUUUGAGAUGUGCAUUCUUUUUGUUAUUGCAAUGAGCAGCAUUGCACUGGCUGCAGAAGAUCCUGUGCAGCCAGACUCAGCCAGAAACAAUGUUUUGAGGUAUUUUGAUUAUGUUUUCACUGGAGUCUUCACUUUUGAAAUGGUCAUAAAGAUGAUUGACUUAGGGCUAGUACUACACCAAGGGGCCUACUUUCGAGAUCUCUGGAACAUCCUUGAUUUUAUUGUGGUUAGUGGUGCUUUGGUGGCAUUCGCCUUCACGAGCAAUGUGCGUGGGGGAAGCAAAGGGAAAGACAUCAACACCAUCAAAUCCUUACGAGUGCUUCGAGUUCUCCGACCCCUCAAAACCAUUAAACGAUUACCAAAGCUCAAGGCGGUUUUUGACUGUGUGGUGAAUUCCCUCAAAAAUGUCUUCAACAUCCUAAUUGUCUACAUGCUCUUCAUGUUCAUCUUUGCUGUUGUGGCUGUGCAGCUGUUUAAGGGGAAGUUCUUUUAUUGCACUGAUGAAUCCAAGGAAUUUUCAAAGGACUGCAAAGGAGAAUACCUGGUUUAUGAGAAAGAAAAUGAAGUGAGAGCUCAGGAACGAAAGUGGUUGAAGUAUGAGUUUCAUUAUGACAACGUCCUUUGGGGACUCCUAACCCUUUUCACUGUCUCUACAGGAGAGGGCUGGCCACAGGUUCUGAAACACUCUGUUGAUGCCACCUAUGAAAACCAGGGUCCCAGUCCAGGCUACAGAAUGGAGAUGUCUAUCUUUUAUGUGGUCUACUUUGUCGUGUUCCCUUUCUUCUUUGUUAAUAUAUUCGUAGCCUUGAUUAUCAUUACAUUUCAGGAACAAGGAGACAAAAUGAUGGAAGAAUACAGUUUGGAGAAAAAUGAGAGAGCCUGCAUCGACUUUGCCAUCAGUGCAAGGCCACUGACACGACAUAUGCCACAGAACAAGCAGAGUUUUCAGUACCGGAUGUGGCAGUUUGUUGUAUCACCACCAUUUGAGUACACCAUCAUGGCCAUGAUUGCUCUGAAUACUAUUGUAUUAAUGAUGAAGUUUUAUGAUGCACCAAAAGUCUAUGAAGAUGUGCUGAAGAACUUCAAUAUUGUUUUUACCGCUCUGUUUUCUGUUGAAUGUGUGCUAAAAAUCAUUGCAUUUGGAGUCAUGAACUACUUUCGAGAUGCUUGGAACAUUUUUGAUUUUGUCACUGUUUUGGGGAGUAUCACUGAUAUAUUAGUCACUGAGUAUGGGAACAAUUUUAUCAACUUAAGUUUUCUACGACUGUUUCGGGCUGCCCGACUGAUUAAGCUCCUUCGCCAAGGGGAAACCAUCAGGAUUCUUUUGUGGACAUUUGUGCAGUCUUUCAAGGCCCUUCCAUAUGUCUGCCUCCUGAUAGCGAUGCUUUUCUUUAUCUAUGCUAUAAUUGGAAUGCAGGUAUUUGGGAACAUUGCUAUUGAAGAAGGGGAUGAUGACGAAGACAGUGCCAUAGAUGAGCACAACAACUUUCGUACUUUCUUCCAGGCCCUAAUGCUGCUCUUCAGGAGUGCAACUGGUGAGGCGUGGCAUGAAAUUAUGUUGGCAUGUCUUGGUGGAAAAGACUGUGAUUCGCGGUCUGGAAUAACAGAACCUGAGUGUGGAAGCUCAUUUGCAUAUUUCUACUUUGUGUCCUUCAUCUUCCUUUGUUCCUUUCUGAAGUGCAGACGUUUCAGAAUACUUGAUGUUGACAUAAUUUGUGCACCAUUACCACAUUCCAUGUAUCACAAAGCGUAUGCUUUAUCUGCACAGCAGCUCAUACCACCCCCUUGA